AUGACUAAUGAAGAGAUUAGGACGGCUUUUCUACCCCUAGCCCGAGCCAUGACAACUCAAGUGAAUAGAGGUAUGAGGCCUAGGGUGAAUGCUAAUGAGAGUACCAUGACCUCAAGAUUGAGAGACUUUGUGAGGAUGAAUCCCCCUAUCUUUCUUGGUUCUAGAGUGGGAGAAGAUCCCCAAGAAUUCUUUGAUGAAGUUUAUAAGAUAGUCAAUGCUAUGGGAGUAUCUUCUAGGGAGAAGGCGGAGUUGGCUUCCUACCAAUUUAAAGAUGUGGCCCAAGUGUGGUUCACUCAAUGGAAAGCCAAUAGGCUGGUUGAAGCGGGUCUUAUAGAACAUGAGGGGUUUAAGGGAGCUUUCCUUAGUAAGUACUUUCCCCAUGAGAAGAGGGAGGUUAACCAAGAUAGAGGUACUGGACCUCCAUUUGCUAAACCUACUUGUCACAAUUAUGGAAAGAAGCAUCAUGGGAAGUGUCUAGCCGGUACUAGUGAGUGCUAUGGUUGUGGAAAGAAUGAUCACCAAGUGAAAGAUUGUCGUACUCUUAUGGCUAGAGGAAGGGAGGCCAAACAAGCUUCCCUUAAUGGCCCAAAUCUUAAUGCUCCAAAGAAGAACCGUUUUUAUGUGCCUCAAGCUAACAAGGACAGGGGAGCUAAUCCGGAUGAAGGUAUCGGUAAGUUAUAG